AUGCCCAUCAUCAGGACGAGUGACCGGAACAGGAACGAGUCGAUCUCGGAGGGGCUGGAAUCCUUCAGCAUCGUGGACGCCGCCCUGGGGAGCGAUGCGCUGAGGGUGGGAGAGCUGACCAUUGCCCCCAUGACCCGUGUUCCCCGGCACGCCCACACCAACACGGAAGAGGCGAUGGUGCUGUUGGAAGGAACCCUUGAGGCGCAGGUUGGCUCGCAGCGAAUGGCCAUAGAGGCGGGCGACCUGGUGCUUGCUCCGGCAGGGUCGGUACACGGAUUCCUCAACCGCACGGACACGCCGGCCCGGCUGUUGUACGUGUUCCCGAGGCACGACCCCGACCGCGUCUGGUCCACCCCGCCCGACGCUCCGCCGUCGGGAUUCCCGUCGGAACAGGGGCUUUCAGGAUUCAGCUCACCCCACGACCGCCCACUGGAGAAUGAGUCCUGA